AUGUUGCGCGUCAAACACAUCGUCCGCGGUGCCGCACGAAGCAUACCCACGCAACGCCGCUGGAACUCCACCUCCGAGUCCCCAGCCGCGCCAACCAAACCCUCGAGCAGCGCGCAUUCCAACUUCUACAAGACCUUUGGUCGGCCCAUUGCGAAGAACUUCCUUAUUGCGCUGUGCACGUAUCAAUUACUUUACUUGUCAUGGCUCAAGCUGGAAAGUCUGGAGGUCAAGAAGAGCAAGGAGGAUGAGAUCCGCGGGGUGGAGGAGGAGUUGAGGAGUCUGACGGCCGGCAAGUCUGCUGCGUGA